CUAUCAUAGUGUUCUUUACCUGUUUAGGGCUUUUCGAUCGAUCGAUCCAGGGUUUCAGUCGCAAUGGCGGAGAAUGGGCGCAACGACAGUGGAGAUUAUCAUGCCAGUGAUCAACCCCCUCCGCAAGAGCGAGAUCGCACGUACUUCAUCACUCUCCCGGUGCGAACGCUCACAGAUUUUGUUCCAGAGGAGCACCUGAGCAAGCUAUCCCUGUACCUGGGGAUCUAUGCCAUCCUCUUCAUCAUCGCUGGCAUAAUAGGAAUUCUUUUCCCUCUGGUGUUUGCUCUGGCGGUGGAGCAGCUCAUUGCAUGGCUGCUCAUCCUGGGCGGCGUUUUCUCGAUCGUCCAGUUCAUCGCCGUGUGUGGAGCUCCAGGAACUACAUCGUUUUUGCUGCUGGGGAUUCUACACCUGGGAAUUGGACUUUUGAUGCUGAUCAAGCCGAUUGAAGGUGGCAUGGCACUCGUCUACGUUCUCUCUGGAUGGUUUCUAGUUCAUGGACUGUUGAAAUCGUUGAUGGCUUGUCAAGUCCGAAACAUGACAUCGUGGCCCGCUGUUCUCGCCAGUGGGAUUCUUUCGGUGAUUCUGGCGUUUGCCAUUUUGAUUCUAGCUCCCAAGUUUGGGCUGGUUCUCCUGGGAGUGAUCUUUGGCGCGGAUCUUCUCGUCUCGGGGCUUUCCAUGCUCUUCAUCGCCACAAUUGCCUUCUGUGGCAGAAGAUCUGUGCCUUCGGAACGAGCAAAUCUUCUUCAAGCACAAGCUGAUGAGUACGCGUGAUGGAAGCCAUCGAUAUAUUCCUAUUUUGCUACUGUUUCGGGUGUAUUUACGUAGACGAAGAUCUAGCAUUCUUGUAAAUGGAACAAGACUUUUACCUCUUGAUUCUAGUUGUUUUUUUUCCGAGAAUAAAAUUGAUUGGUUUUUGUUUCAA